CGCAGGAGGCGGGGUCCAGAGCGAGGGAUCUACAAGGGUAGCCGUGGCGAAGGAGGCUGUAGCGGCAGCAUGAAGCGGACCCCGACCGCCGAGGAACGAGAACGCGAAGCUAAGUGUGCCUAGCCGAGGGUCUUGCAAGCAAGCGACAUUAAUAAGUCUCUGUUGAAGAACGAUUGAGUGGUAGCAAGCCUCCAGCCUCUGAUACACGUUACGCUUGACGAUGUUCGCACAGGCUCCCUGGCUGCUGAUUGGACUUAUCAUGGCUGAGAAACUGAGGCUUCUUGAAGAGCUUGAAGACACUUGGCUUCCUUAUCUGACCCCCAAAGAUGAUGAAUUCUACCAGCAGUGGCAGCUGAAAUACCCUAAACUAAUCCUGCGCGAGGCCGGCAGUGUGCCCGAGACGCUCCAUCAAGAGGUGCAGGGCGCCUUUCUCAGCCUGCACAAGCGCGGCUGCCUGUUUCGGGACCUGGUGAGGGUCCAAGGCAAAGAUGUGCUCACCCCGGUGUCUCGCAUCCUCAUCGGGAACCCCGGCUGCACCUACAAGUACCUGAACACCAGGCUCUUCACGGUACCCUGGCCCGUGAAGGGUUCCACGACGAACUACCACGGGGCCGAAAUAGCUGCCGCGUGUCAGACCUUCCUCAAGCUCAACGACCACCUGCGGGGCGAGACGGCCCGGGCGUGGGGGGAGCUCGCGGCCAGAGAGAAGGCGGAUGUCGACGCCGUGCCGCUGUGCAUCGGCCCCGACUUCCCCAGGGUCGGCGUGGGGGCCUUCGAGGGGCAGGACGAAGCGGACAUUAAGACCAGGUCUGCGUACAACGUGACUCUGCUGAAUUUCAUGGACCCGCAGAAAAUGCCGUACCUGAAGGAGGAACCCUACUUCGGCAUGGGGAAGAUGGCCGUGAGCUGGCACCACGACGAAAACCUGGUGGAGAGGUCCGCGGUGGCCGUGUACAGCCACAGCUUCGAAGGCCCUGAAGAGGAAAGUGAGGAGGACCCUCAGCUUGAAGGCAGAGAUCCCGAUAUCUGGCAUGUUGGUUUCAAGAUCUCGUGGGACAUCGAGACACCUGGCUUGGCAAUACCCCUUCACCAAGGAGACUGCUAUUUUAUGCUUGAUGAUCUCAAUGCCACCCACCAACACUGUGUUCUGGCUGGUUUACCACCUCGGUUUAGUUCCACCCACAGAGUGGCAGAGUGCUCGACGGGAACCUUGGAUUAUAUCUUACAGCGCUGCCAGUUGGCUCUGCAGAACGUCCGCGAUCAGGCAGACAAUGGUGACGUCUCUUUGAAAUCCUUGGAGCCUGCGGUUUUGAAACAAGGAGAGGAAAUCCACAAUGAGGUCGAGUUCGAGUGGCUGCGACAGUUUUGGUUUCAAGGCAACCGAUACAAAAAAUGCACCGAUUGGUGGCAUCAGCCCGUGGCGCAGCUGGAAGAGCUGUGGAAGAAGAUGGAAUUCGUGACCAAUGCAGUGCUUCGCGAAGUGAGAAGAGAGGGGGUCCCCAUGGAACAAAGGAACGAGAUCGUGACUGCCAUCCUUACCUCGCUCACGACACGCCAGAACCUGAGGAGGGAGUGGCGUGCCAGAUCUGAGAGUCAAGAUGUGGCCCAAGAUCACAGGAUACGGUCGUGGCAAACCCCAGUCCCGAAUUCUCAGACCAAUGGGCUCCCUUCCUUACCAUCCUCCCCUGUCAGCGGAUGCCAGUCCCGCAUCGCCCGCACUCUGCCCGUGGAUCAGAAGCCAGAAUGUCGGCCACACUGGGAAAAGGAAGACGCUUCGAUGCCCCUGCCGUUCGAGCUGACAGACAUCGUUUCAGAACUCAGGGGUCUGCUUGCGGAAGCGAGAGCCUAGACGGAGCACACGUCUCGGCGGGAGGCGGAUGAAGAUGCGUUCAUCAUCCCUCCUCCAUCCUCGCCCUGGGCUCGGGCAAGGGCGGUAGGGGUAGAUUCUUCUUUUAGAUUGUAGGACCUGCAGCCCAGUGAGAAACGGCUAGGGAAUGGAGCCCACACUUAUUAAAUUGUUUUCAAAUGACACAGUGUUAUAAUCUGCUUUGGUAUUAACAAGAACCCCCCUCAGACCACCACCCCGCCCCCCAAAAAAUAUGUUAUCACCCACUUGGAUUUUUAAUGUGAGCCAUUCAGCUCCCAAGGCCAAGGGAGGGACAGGGGCGACCCCAGCCUGUGGCCGAGCCUAACCUACUUUCCUCUGACUUAAGCCUUUUCAGAGACUCGAGAACAGACGACUCUAAAGUUGUCUGGGGGAAGACAGACUUCGAGACGCCUACCCCACCUUCUCACUACACCCUCCAGAGGCUACGCUGGCCAGUGUGGCAGCCGCUGGCCACAUGCGGCUUCUUAACUUUACGUCCGAUUUUAAUUGUAAUAAAAAAUUCAGCUCCUGUGCUGCAUGAGCCACAUUUCGAAUACUUAAUAGCCGCAUGUGGCUAGCGGCCACCGGAUGGCACAGCACAGACACAGAGGCUCGUCAUCCUCGUGCAAAGUCCUAGGGGACAGUCCUUCUGCACAAAGUUCGGGGGCAGGAGAUUCUCCUGUCCGUCUCUGUGUAGCUGCUAUCCGUGUCGGCCAAAUAAAUUAGAAGAGAAAUGGCUCACCGAAGAGUCGUCUCUUCCCUUCUCUGAGGGAGAGCUAAGUAAAGGCCUCCGCUGUGAGUCCUGUGGAGAAGUGGCGAAAAUGACGUCGGCAUCCUUCCUUCGGGAAGUUUCCCAGAUCUAAGGAAAGGCGCUCGGCCCUGUUAACACCACUUCAUGGAUCAAGCCGGCAUAGUAUGUUUUUUCCUGUAACUCCCCCAUUCACAUGUCAUGACAGGCGAGACUGAGGUUCGAGGACCCUGAUGCCCCAUCCUGAUGACAUUGGGACAUUAGCAGGUCGCUGUAGAGCAGAAGUUAAAACCUGAGCUCUGGUCUCAGGAUGCCCGGAUCAGAACUCCCACCAGCUUUGUGACUGUGCCUCGGUUUCCUCAUUUGUACAAUGGGGCUGCUGAAGGCACCACCUCACGAGGCGAAGACAAGACGGAAUGCUCUAGAUGCAGACGUAUUAGAACGAUUUCUGACGUGCAGUUGAAUGCUCCGUAAAUAUUAGAAUUUUUGUAUAUCAAUAAGGUGACCUGAUAGAGACAUUUCCCCGCUCCCCUCCUCGGUCUGUGGGCCCGUGUUGUCUUGUGCUGCCGUGAACCCAUCUCUCCCUCCGGGGCCUGGCUCCUGCCCUUUGUCGACCCCAGAAAUCGUGAGACUAGUUGGCCCCCCGCCCCAGCCCGCUGCCUUCUCUCCCGAGCGGUUGCAGCAUCUCGAAGGUGGAGAGCUCUUCACCGCCGAGAGGCACCCUUUGGACCAGAUCUCUCCCGCCAUGGAACGGCGCUGGUUCAAAGGCGGCCACAGAGAGGUCACCGCACACAAAGCAGCCAGGGCUUCACCGUCGUGAGAGUCGAUCUCUCCGACCUUGGAUGAAUCCCCCCAGGUCCUGAGCCUCCCCGUCCUCAUCAGCAAAGGAGACGGCGAGCUGCCUACCGGGGUCGCCGUGGCUCGAAGGAAAUCCCAUGGCCGAGUGCGUGGCACAGAGAAGGCGCAGGCCGGCACCCCGGGGCUGUCCGGCUCAGCGUGUCGUCUCGUCUCGCCGCGUCUCGUUCUUCCUUAUGUUUCAUUAAUUAGGUGCCGAUAUUUAAAAGUUGGGAGAGUCCACAUAAAAUAAAGAUGGUCUCUUGGGAAUUCAGCACAUCCUGCAGGCCUCGGCCUCCACCUUGGCGCUGGGAACAAGGCUGAGUGUCUUCUCGCUCUUAGGCGGGGUGCGACCCGCCCAGGAUCGUUUUCUAUGUACAUCACCCGCUUCGCCCCUUCACGUCGGUGCUCCCCACACCUGCUGGCCGGCACCCCUAGCGUAGAAAUACCUGAUAACGUUUAGCGCUUACCCCCAUGUACGUGUAUCACUCGCGAGCUAUCUUCUCGUACCAAUGUGUCAUGUACCUCGUAAAACAUUCAUAAACAAUAAAAACGUGAGAGGGACGA